AUGCGGACUGUUUCUACAAACAUUUGGGAAAGACUGUGCAAUAAAUCCAUCUAUGAAAUUUCCUUGCUACUAAAUAUUCCACGGUCAACUGUUAGUGGAAUUAUAACUAAGUGGAAGCAACUGGGAACAACAGCAACUUAGCCACCAAGUGGUAGGCCACGUAAAAUGACAGAGCAGGGGCAGUGCGCAGACGUUGCCAACUGUCUGCAGAGUCAAUAGCUAAAGACCUCCAAAUUUUGUGUGGCCUUCAGAUUAGCACAACAACAGUGCGUAGAGAGCUUCAUGGAAUGGGUUUCCAUGGCCGAGCAGCUGCACCCAAG